GCCUUUGGCCCAUCCCAUUACUUUCUGAUCUGCUCCACUUCGGGCCAAUCAGGAGAACUCUCUCUCCGGCAAAACCAGUUUUUAAUUAGUACGCUAAGGACCCUUUCCUGAGCUGUGCUUUCAGCUGCCUGAUUACACAGCCCGUUUACGACGGUGCCUGCUUGGCUGUUAGAUUGGAACUGGGGAACAUCUGCACAUAGCACUCAGAAAUCCCUGGCUUGUUUCAGUGUAUGUUUUGGCUGCGUGUCUUGCUGGAUGUAACAUCCAAAACAACGCCUUGCUCCACUGCAAUCAGGCAUUGGGCUGACCCUCUAUGAGUCUGUGCCUGCUGGGGUCCUGCCUCCGGAGCCCGUGCGGGGAUGUCUCGGAGACCCCGCGCUGACUGCUGCUCAAACAUCACGUUGACAUGGAUGAUGAAGAUGGCCGGUGCUUGCUAGAUGUAAUUUGUGAUCCUCAGGCCUUGAACGAUUUUUUACAUGGAUCUGAAAAGAUUGACAGUGAUGAUCUCCUGGACAACACAGGAGAUGCAGCCAGUGCCUUCUUUGAGGGUGCUGGGCUGCACGUACAAGAAACCUCUGGCAAUCAUCUAAACACUGAACAGAGCCAGCCCACAACAAGUGUCGACUUAGACUUCUUGGAAGAUGACAUUCUGGGGUCACCUUCAGGGGGUGGUUCCAACCUGCAGAACUCAGACCAGCCCUGUGACAUUCUCCAGCAGAGCCUACAGGAGGCAAACAUCACUGAGCAAACCCUAGAGGCAGAGGCAGAACUGGAUCUAGGGUCUUUUCAGCUCCCUACGCUUCAACCAGUUGUGCACACUGCCUCUGAUGGCACUCCACAGAUUUUCUCCAGUGGAGCUGACCUUAUUGGACUGCAACAACCUGCAGUCCUGACUCAUCAAGCACUGGUGCAGCAGUCAGUAGGAGCUGAUGUUGUCAACAAGGCCAUUAGUGUGCAGCCUUUUCUCCAGCAAGUUGGCUUGGGGAAUGUCACCAUACAGCCAAUUUCCAACCUUCAAGGGCUGCCUAAUGGGAGCCCCAGUGGAGCACUGGGCAUUGGGCAGAUUCAAGUGGUUGGCCAGCAAGUGAUGGCAAUUAACCAGCCUGCUCAACAGAUCAUUGCUAAGCAAGUUCAGCCUUCCCAAGUUACUACCAUGCCGGUAGGAAGUUACAUCACUCAGACAGCACCAGAGCAGCAGCAGGUUACCCUUACUUCAGCUGGGGUGUCCCCCCAGAAUGCAGGCCUUGUCAUCCAGAAGAAUCUCCCAGCAGUAGCCACAACAACACUGAAUGGAAGCUCCAUGUUUGGGAGUGUCUCUGCUACACAGGGCUCCCAGCCUCUCACAGUCACCUCAAACUUGAGCAGCCCGCUGGUACAGGCCCAAAAUGUAAUCAUUCACCGGACACCCACACCUAUUCAACCCAAACCCCCAGGAGUCCUCCAGCAGAAGCUGUUCCAGAUCACCCCAAAACCAUUUGGCCCCAACAAUGCUACCUUGACCAUCCAGAACGAGGCCGCCCUCCAACAACAGAAAGCCCAGCAAAACCUAACAUUUAUGGCAGGCAAGGCAGGACAAAAUGUGGUGCUUUCUGGAUUCCCCCCAGGGCUGCCUGCCAACAUGUUCAAGCAGCCCCCACCACAGCAGCAAGCCCUUAGCAAACCCAUGAGUGUCCACUUGCUGAAUCAAGGCAGCAGCAUUGUUAUCCCAGCACAGCAUGUCCCUCAGGCCAUGUUGCAGGGUCAGAACCAGUUCCUUCUCCCGGGACAGCUCACGGGCACUUCUGCAGUUCAGAUUCCCCAGCAGCUGUCAGCCUUGCAGGCUAACAUGGGUGGCCAGAUCUUAACGACCUCGCAUCCUAGUGGGCAAACCCAUAUCAUCACCAGCCAGGGGCCUGGCGGGCAGCUAAUAACAAAUCAAGCACUGCCUGCUCAGAUCCUCACCAAUCAAAACCUGGCAAGCCAACUGAACCUUGGGCAGGUACUGACAUCACAGAAUGCACAUGGCACUGCCCACAUUCUUUCUGCUCCUAUCCAAUUGCAGCCUGGGCAAGUUGGCCAGCCAACUCUCUUCCAGAUGCCCGUGUCUCUAGCUGGUAGCCUGACAACUCAGAGCCAGCCCACUGUCACAGCCUCACUGGCCAGUGGUGCCAUUAAUCAGACUGGCCAGACUGUUAUCCAAGGAGUCACGCUGCCUAACCAAGUGGCUAUGUUAAAUGCCACUGAGAACCUCAAUCAAACUGUGACCAUCCAAGCACCUCCUAGUGCCAGCAGCCAGAGCCCAGGUCUUGUUCAGCCACAGCCAACCUCCAACACCAACCUGCUGCCAAGCAGUGACCAAGCCAACAUAUUAACCGUCCAGUCCACCGCCCAGUCCACUGCUGCUUCCCAGCUUCAGCUGAAUGUACAACAGCAAACUCCUCCACCUCAGCAGCCAGCGCAACUACCCGUGACUUCCCAACCCAGUCCUAACUUGGUAGCAUCUAGUCCUGAAAAGAUUAUUUUGGGCCAAGCAGCUGCUGGAGCCAUCAUCUCCCAGGACUCUAUGCAGAUGUUCCUGCAGCAGAAGGAUCGGAGCCAGCAGCAGCAGCAGCAGCAGCAGCAGUUUUAUUCACCAUCCCUGAAAAUGCAGCAGGAGAGCAGUAUGAGUGAAUCCACCGUACCUCCCCACCUGCCAAUGCCUAUGCCCAUCUACAGCAUAGCCACCACCGCACUCAGCACCACAAGCAGUGUCCCAGCCUCGGUGAUAGUCAGCAGCAGCGUAGGUGCAGCCCUGCAGCCGCCUGCCAGCCGAGAGCUGAGCCAGAACCACAGCCUGCCACCGGUGGAGUCCAAAGUACCUCAGUUCUCAGCCGGCCCUCCCCAGCAAGCACUGACUUGCCAGUUGCCUUCGGGGCAGCAGAAACUUCCUGGAGCCUCCCCAUCCCAUUCACUACCUCAUCCUUCAAUGGGGGAGAGCCCCCAGCUCCAGCCCACACACCUUUCACAGAUGCAGUCUCCACACCAAUCUCGUCCUCCAUCUCAGCCCCAGCCACUCUCCCGGCCACCCUCCCGGCCUCACUCGAGGCCUCCUUCCCAACCACAGACUUUGUCCAGGCCUCCUUCCGAGCCCCUGUCAAGGUCCUGCACCCCCCAGACACAGAUGCAGAAUUUGUAUGUGAUCCAGAAUCAAAUAGCUUCUUCCCCUCAUGGCCCCAACCAGCAUCCUCUGCGGCCCCCCUCACAGCCUCAGGUAUCAUUCCAAACACCACAGGCCCAGCCAGAGGGGCCGCCUCAGAUGGCCACUCCUCCACAUCUGCAGCUACAGGUUCAACUUGCUCCUCAACUCCAACCACAGGCUGACACCCAGGUGCAGACCCGGCUACAACCCCAGAUUCAGGCUCCAUCUGAAGUGCAGCAUACCCAUUCCCCUCAUUUCCAGCUUCAGUUCUCUGCCCAGGGGCCUAUCAAGCCCCCCACCCCAACCCAGGCACUUCAUCUAACACCAGAACAACAGAGGAGUUUUCAGAUGGUUCCGAAUCAGUUCCAGGCUCUCUCUGCGAUUUCAGCUCCCAUACCUCAGCAGAAGCAGUUAAUGGACCGGUUUCAGCAGAUGCCCCAGGGAAUUAUUCUACAAACGAAACAGCCAACUUCCACUAGCCAAGCACCACCUGUGCUGAGCCAGUUCAGCAGUCAGCCCUCCUCAGUCUUGGUUAGCAGCCAGGGGCAGCAGAUUACAGUGACAACAAGUCAGGCUCCACCAGUUCACAGCCAUGCACCUGUGCCUGCCUUGGUUCAGCCUUCCAAUACAGUUUCAAGCAAAGCAGCUCCAGUGCUUGAAAAAGGGCAAGUACAGAGAGGAGCAGGAGGAGGAGGGCAGCCUGCACAGCCUACGGCACUCCUCCAGCAGCAAACACCUUUGCUGGUCAAAUCAGCAUCAAUAUCUAUUGCUACUACAGCUCCUGCAGAGAGUAAAACAUUUUCCAGCGGCUCCACAACCAUAUCUGCAGGAAAAGCAACCAAUGGGCAAGGAAAACCUACAGGUCCUCUUGCCAUUCCACAGCCAGUUCAGACCAAGCCUGGAGUCAUUAGCUCUGUGUCAGGCUUGAAUCUGGGGAAAAGUCCGUUGCAGCUCCAGGUAGUUGGAAAGGGCUUGCCUCAACUCAUGCCUUCAGCCCCAACCCAAAUCCAGCAGCAGUACGAUAGCAAGCUUGGAAGCCUGAAAAAGCCGCCUCCAAUGCUACAGCCCAGCAAGGAAGCUUGUUUCUUGGAACAGCUGCAUAAACACCAAGGAGCAGUGCUGCAUCCUGAUUACAAAACAUCAUUUCGUUCAUUUGAAGAUGCCUUACAGAGGCUCCUACCAUACCACGUAUACCAGGGAGCAUUGCCUUCUCCCCAUGACUGUCGGAAAGUAGAUGAAGAGUUUGAAAUGGUGUCAACACAGUUGUUGAAACGCACACAAGCCAUGCUGAACAAAUACCGCCUGCUGCUCUUGGAAGAAUCACGGAGAGUCAGUCCUUCAGCAGAGAUGGUGAUGAUCGACCGGAUGUUCAUACAAGAAGAAAAGACAACCUUAGCUCUUGAUAAGCAGCUUGCAAAGGAGAAGCCAGAUGAGUAUGUCUCCUCAUCUUCACGGUCGCAGAGUUUUGCUUCUUCUCUGGCUCAGGGCUCUCUGUCGAGCAGUGUUGCUUUGGCUUCUGAGAACCUGAAGACACCUCCAGUGCAGAUGGCAACCCAGAUCAACCCCACAAAACUGGUCAUCAAGCACAGUGGAGGCUCUCCCUCAGUCACGUGGGCCAAGGCCUCUCCGUCGUUGGAUGGCGACGAGGAUGCCUUGCCUUCUAGGAGUAAGCCACCCAUCAAAACCUAUGAAGCUCGGAGCCGGAUCGGACUGAAACUAAAGAUCAAACAAGAGGCGGGGCUUAGCAAAGUGGUUCACAACACUGCCUUGGACCCGGUUCACCAGACACCGCCUCCCAUGUGCACAGUGAUCAAAACAGCUGAGCAGCACUCAUCAGCUUCUGCUGUUGCUACCACCGCUGCCACCUCGACGGCGGGACAAAUGAAUGGGACAAUUGAUCAUAUCACAGCAGCUCCAAUGGAGAAAAAGCCCAUUGUGACUUACUGCAGGCUUCCUCUCCGUAAGACAUACCGUGAGAAUGUGGAAGCUUUCACUGCAGAUAAAGCCACUGACACGUGCCUGAAAGAGAGCAGCUCAAAAGUUGGUAUGGUGCCAAGCACCCUCAUCAUCAAGCAGGAUGGUGGCUCCAGGAGUGUCAUCACCUCCCACAAAACUCAUGAGAGCCCUUCCAUGGCUGGGGCAGAGAAGAACAGGUCAGAAGAGAAUGCCAAGCAUACCUUUUUCAACCGGAGCGAUGCCCGUUCCCUAGUGAUGCAAGAGAGCCCUGCCCCUCCUAAGACCGACGAUUCAACCAGUGGCCUUAUGAAGGAAUUAGCAGAGGUUGAGGAUGAAUUUUAUCACAGGAUGAUAAAAACAGAGCCACCUGACCAUGGACCUGCCUCUGAACUUACGUGGGAGGUGCCCCUGCCCCCAGCCAAACGUAGAAAGUCAGAGUCUUUCGACGUGGACAAUGCCAGCUUCUCCAGUGAUAGCCCCCCAGAUGACUCACUCAAUGAGCAUCUACAGAGCGCCAUUGACAGUAUCCUGAAUUUGCAGCAACCUCAGGCUGGAAGCCAGAACACCCGAACACCCUCCUCUUCAUACAACUCCUCCUCCUCCCCUUUCUCUUCACCUGCCCAUCGCACAGACACUUACCUUGCCCCCAAUCACAAUGGCGGCCUUGGAGCAAGGACGUUGAACAGAUAACAGAACUCUAAACUGGGCAGAGACUGUACAAAGAGAGCCAAGGACCGACGCUUCUGCUGGCUGGGAAACGGUUGGAAGCCAAGGUGCCACUUCCCAGAGACCUGAUAGAAUAGAGCUGAUACCAGAAGGGAAGAGUGGGGGUCUGGGGUGGGGCGGGCAGUGAGAAUGUCCUACAGAGGCUUCAUCCAUCCAAGUAUUUAUAUGAUGGGGUUUGGUUGUUGUAAAGUACAAGCUACGGCUGGAUUUACAAUACACUUGUCUCAUCACAUGCACCAUUAAAAAAAAAAGUCAGCAAAUGCCAAGCAGGCAGGUGGGAGGGGGUUGGAUUGGGGGCCCAUAGGUGGUAGUGUUGGCUGUGUAAUAUUUAGAUUCUGUAACAAAUUGCUAAUUUGAAUCUCUAAAUAAUAAUUGGGUUUUAUUCCCCCCCUCCUCCAAACUCCACACCUAUAUUUUGGACAUUUUAGUAAAUUCCAAGACAGAAGCCAGCAGGGAGGCCAAAGGAAUGGGGCAGGACGGGAACGGCUCCAGAGGAGUUGCCACAAGGGGCAAUUUAUGUAAUUGAUUUUGUGAGGUUUCUUAAGUUAUUUUAAGUAUAAACUGUCUGCUUUUCUUUUUUAACAUAAAAAUAGAUUCUGAACAAAAUGCAAAAAAGAAAGGAGAAAAGAUACAAACACUAAUGCUUAAAAACAAAUAAGCAUGGAUUGAGUUUACAAAUAAACCAGUUUCAAAGAGGAAACCAGUCCCUCUCCAGACAGCCAUGGCUCUGGUUAAUACUGUAAUGAUGGGUGGAACAAGGAAAGUUCUGACAAGAGGGUGUACUUUUCUCUCUCACCUCUUCCCCUUCCCCUUCUAAAAACAAGUGAACCUUUUGUCAAUAGCAAUCCACUCAAAAUGCAAGAGGUGUACAGUUGGUUGGGCAUUCCCAUGUUGGGGCUUAGAAGGUCAGCCAGGCAAGGACAGGAAGCCAAGCAGGCUCUGUGUUUUUGCUCUUUCACCCUUUGCAGCAGCUGCCAGUGUUUCAUCCCUAUUUGUCUCCUGGAGUUUCAGUUUCUCACCUUGGUUUCUCCCAGUUUAAAUACCAUGGUGCUGCACCUCUCAUCUCUCUUUCUGCUACCUGCAUGUGGACAGGAGUCAUGGGAUAGGGUGGGAAUCUCUUUAGUGAAAACUGUUAGUGUCUUCCUCUUGUCAUCUGGAGGAGAAGGUAGCAAUGCCACUGUUAAGUCUUCUGUGAGGCCUUUUAACAUAGCUGUGCUAUUCCCAGUCACUGACUGGGAAUAAAAAGAGGCAUUCUUGCAGCUUUACUCAGUUCUGUCUCUUGUUUGUUCACACUUUUGACAUCAGAUCUCCUGUUUUAUUUUCCUGUCAAUGAUUCUCGUUUUGUCUACCCUUUCUUUCUACCCCAUGAUGCCUAGGAACUUUUUUGGAAUGCAACUUCCAGUAUAGAAUUUGAGUGUCAGCAGGAAAAUUUGGCUUGUUUAUCAGAGAGUUUUCCCAUGGUAUGUCAGAUUUUGUAUUUCUAUGGGAAUAAACUAAUGCCCAUAGCAGAAAUCAUAAUGUAUAAAGGAUUUAUACAAGUGUUUGUAAGCAAGUCAUAUGCUGGCAGACCAACCUGCUUACAAUUCUUAGAUUACCUCUGACGUCAUUCACAGAAAGGCAAAGAGAUAAAACUUUCCCACAUCACAGUUGUCAUCACAGAGGUAACUUGUGUGUGAACAGACAGCUAUGGUAGAACACAGUCCUUGGUUAACAUCAGCUUGACAAAGUUUAGACCUGGAUACACGAGAGACUUACACAUGAGAGAGAGAGGGGGGCAUGCAAAAUAAGCAGUAUGAGCUCUGCCAUUCCAAGUCUUCCAAUCAUGAGUCUCCCCUUUCCAUUGAUAAAUGGGAGUGCUAUGAUACAGAGCUGUAAGUAUCCUUUACGCCGUGCACCUGAAAAUAUAGGAUGUUUGUCGAUGGGCCCUCCACAUGGUACAACUGAGGUCUCUGUUUCUACCCUCUGCAGCUGUAACCUUCACACAUGACAUACUUCACUCUGUGUUUCUUCUUCCACUCACAGCUUCCUUAUCCUUGCAAGACAUUGCCACUUUGCGUAGGUGCCAUUUCAGACCUUUGAAAAUGCCAUCUCUUUCCUUUGUUUCUUAUGUAGCUUAUUAAUGUCCUCUACUGCCACAUACUCUAUAGGGGCGAAGGUUUGCUGAAAUGGCAAAUGCUUAACUUCUUUUUUAAGGAGGCAUCUCUUUAGCCUGCUUCCAAAGACAAUUAAGAGCAUCUUCAUGUCCUCCACAGCUUGAUUGUGUGAGGAUAAAAGAGCAAAACAGGCUUGGAGAUGGUUUGUCAGCAGACAGUCUCCUGCUUAGGGAGUUUUGCACAAGCUGGAGAUCUACAGAACCACUCAGGAGACAAGUUGGAAAAGUAGCAGACUCCUCAGCUUUUAAAAGAGCAAGCGUAUUUGCCAGUCAGAUCUUUUUAGUGACGUGAAGUAGCACCUUAUUGUGACCAUUGUUAGUACUUGGCACAAACAGAAAAUAGUACAUUGAUGAGUAGAAAUCAGUGAUAUGUUUGAAAUGGUGCUAACUAACAAAACACUGGGCUACUUCUACCUUGUUUGUAAUCCCUUAAAAGUAUCCUUGCUCUGACCUAAGCUGUAAUACAGCUUCUCCUCGAUGAGGAGUUUUGCAUUACUCUUUAUAUGCUCUUCCAUUAAGAAAAGGUGAUGGAAGCUUACUAUAUUUUCCUGUUUUGAGUCUCUCUCUGUUUCUAGUACAGCCACAACAGCCUGUACCAAAGGACAAGGACUUGUGUUGUUUUGCAGAUUGACAUUGUGAAGAGUAAAUGUGAGCUGGAGUUGCUAACCUUUGGGUUUUCAAGUGAAGAUAUCAGGGUCCUCCAUAGCACAUUGCAACUUACUCUGGCAUGAUGAUUCUUCCCCAAACCUUUUACAACAUAGUGUUGUUGUCCAGCUUCAAAAGGGCAGUGCUGGGCUUGGCUUUCAGCAUCUUCAAGUUAAAGGAUCCUUACUGGGAGGCACUUGUAAUUCACAAUCUUCCAAACUAAUCUGCAAGUAUCAAAUUUAAUGCAAAAUCCAGACCAUAAUUUUCUGUUUAUAGGUGCCAAAACUUGCCUAUGGUCAUGUCUGUGUCCUCACCAUCACCAUACACAGUACAGUUAGAGAGAGGUUUCUUCUGUUUUGAGCCUUGUACAUAUCCAACAGAGUAUAAAAACAAGACUGCAUGUGAAGAUGAGAUCUCAUGUGAAGAUGAGAUCUCAAGAGAGAGUUCAUACGCUGCCAUCAAUAUCAUUAGUAUGUGCUUGUAGAAAUCCUCUAAUUUUGCAGUACUGUAUAAGAUAAUCUUCUAUGUAAGUAAGACUGGAUUGGGAGGGGGAGAGAGCAAUUUCCCCCCAAACUCAGAGCCUCCUUCAUUAUACCAAUACCCUACUGAACAGUGUAGUACACAGUUGGUGAACAAAGAAAGGGGUAAAAUUGUCAGUGUUGAUUUAACAUCUAGAGGAUUUUUCCUUUAUUGCUUCACAGAUCGUUUCUUAAUGUUCCAGUUUAUUUUGUACUCUUUGCAGUUUUACAACUUGACUUUCUUAACUGUAAUCCUAUCAGGUAGGAUGACUCUCCAUCUCUGUCUCACAUUGCAGUCUGAAGUACUUGCCCUGAUAAAAUGUUGUAUUUCCAGCUCACCAAAUUUCCAGGGGCAUGUUUAGGUUCCUGUUGGGUCAAAUUCAGUGGUGAGAACCCAGUGUGUACUGAUUUUUUGUACGUGUACUCCUUGUGGCUACAAUUAGUCUCCUCUCCAAACUAGUUGUGCUACCUAAAAUAAAAGCAGACAUGAUAAUGCCCUUGCAUACAAUUUACAAAGCAAUGGGUGCUGCCAAAAAGUUUUAUUUUCUUUAUUAUUAAGCAGAGGCCUGUUUUCUUAUUUUCACAGUUGCCUACUAAUGAACAGCCAGCUUAUCUACUAUCAAAAUUGGAUUUCUUGUUUUGUGCCACUGCAUCCCACAAUCCCUGCUUCUAAAAAGAAAAAAAAAAGAAAUACCCUUUCUUGACAUCCAAGUUUCAGAUUAAACACAGGCCAACCUACUCUUUUGGCUGCUGUCCCAAAGCAUAAACCAAGAGCAGAAGCAAGGCCCAAAGAUAAGCUGUUUGUCCUUUUGGAAUGGUGCCAAGUGAUCUGUAUUCACCCAUUAGCUAUAAAUCUUUUAUUUUCUCUCGUCUACCGUCAAGACUUCUUUAUUUCUUUCCAAGAAAAAAAUGCUUUAAUUCUGGUUUCCAGGAGUCGGGAAUUUGCUACAGCUGCCUUCCGAAUUCCUUCACGCUCUCCUUUUCUACAUUUUCCCCCUGCAAGGAGCUCUGAAACAAAGUUUCUUUGAUACUUUCCUCCCCUGGUGACCUCCACCACCACUCUGUCCCUGGCCAAAAACUCUGAUGAUAAAUUGUCAUGAAAAGUUUUCAACUUUGUUUAAAAAGCAAAUUAGCCAGCUUUGUUGGGGAAAAGGCUACAGAAACCAGAACUCUGCAGAUGCAGUAACUUUUCUAGGUUUUUCCUUUAAAAUGACAAUAAACAAUUAUUUUCAGAAUUUCAGCUGCCAACCUGUUAUGCUGAAAAUGCACAUUUUAAAAAGGUUAAAAUUUAGAUUUUCCCAGACUGCUGAAUAUGUUUUUCAAUCAGGGCCUUCAAAAGGACUUGGCAAUUAGAACAGUGAAAACAUCUUAGUCUCUUCUGGAUACAGAAAAACUUCUAACAUUCUCAACACUCUUUUGCUCACUCCCCCCCCCCCGAAACCAAACACAGUUAAGUGAGGCCUUAUUUUAUAUAUUCAUUCUAAAAUCAUUCAUUCAUUCAUGUGCUCAUUUGAUAUAUUCAUUCUAAAAUCGUGUGUAUGUGUAUGAGAGAGGGGUGUAUAUCUUGCAUAUGCUUGCAGAAACAGCUUGGGCAUUAUGGCAUUUGUUUUAAAAGGAGAGAUGAGGGAGUCAUUUUAAUUUUGUCACCAGUUUGAAUUGUCUAGGACUCAUACAAGUUCUCUUAAAAGUAGCUAUUUGUUGGAGUUCUGAGCAGUUUUGUCCCAUCUCUCACUCCGUGCACUUCUGUGCAUGUGUCUGGUUGGCUUUAUUGCUUUAUUUUCAAGUUCUGCCUCGUUUUCCCUUGGAUGUUUGCUCCUGCAGGGCUACUUGAGCAAACACAGAAAUAUAACAUACAAAUUCUUUUUUGUUUACCUGUUCAGUUGCAAGGCAUGUUUGACAGCUGUCUGUCAAAAUUAGUUCUGGGAUGUGAAGGUAGAGAGCUGACCAGUAUCUCUAGUUUAACUAUAUGGCUAGAGAGACUGAAUGCAGGCCUUUUUUAAAAACAAAUAAUUAUUAUUAUCUUGCCUUACCAUUGCACUCACACUUUUUGACCAAGGACAGAGAACAUGUAAACCCAUCUAGAUUUCUGCAUUACAUUUCUUCCUCCAAGCCUUUCUGUGCGCACAUUACUGAAUGUACCUGCAUACAUUUUUUUCUGUUCUGUGGCUGGUUGUCCUUGGUGGCUGCAUUUCACCCCCACUCCCCCCCCAAAAUGAGGCAAUACCAGUAGUCCUUCUACCCUAAAAUGUUGUGUUAGGGGUAAGACAGAAAAUGCUAGAGAAUGUCACUGUUGGUCCAAGCCUAAUCUUUCUUUAAGCUUUACUGUGUCUUGUGAAGUAGAGAAAAAACUUUGUGUCUUAAAAGUGCAGUUUACUGGAUAACAUUUUAGGGAUGUAAUUGAACCAAAAAGGGGGUUACAAGGUCUCCAUCUCUCUCUGUCUCUCUCUUGUCUUUGACAAAAUGUGUUUCAAAACUCUUCCCAUCUUACCAAUUUUGCAAAUUGCUUAAGAAAAUUGUAUGCCAGAGCCCCAGUUCCAGAGUUUUUGUGCUCCAUUACACAUAAAUGAAUAGUGCCUCGUGCAGAAACUAUUGUGUCCACACCAGAGUCCCCACAAGGGAUCUCUGGAUCAGGCUGCAGCUUUUUUUUUUUUAACAAAUGCAAUCCACUCUGAAUAUCUCCUGCACAACCCCCAUCAUUUAAAAGGUGUAUGUGGAUUAGGUUUAUACAACUUUAAAGAAGAAUGGUAAUGUCCCUGUCUGACUUAUGCAUUGUAGCAGGCCACAGUUUAAUUGCACAGCUCUUGAUUUAAUUUUGGUUCUGUGUAACAUGACAUUUUAAAACUUAUUUCUUGCAGGGAGAGAAAGCCUUUUGGAAUGUUCUGGAACACUUGUCCAUCUUCCUCCCCCUUAAAAGUGAUACUCCAUUGCAAAGCAUUAGCUACAGCCUUUUAGAAAGAGACCAGGAGCAACCAGAAUAUAGUCAUGCUUUGUUGCCCUGAUCCAAAGCUCUGUACAUACUCUGAUGCAUGCACAGCACUCCUGCACAUGCAGGCUUUACCAGCCAGUGUGCAAUGGAAAGCUCACAAAUUCCUUCCCUCUGCUAAAGUCAAAUUGAGUUCCAUCAUCUGCCAGAAACUGGUGAUUUGGGGGCAUAUCAGUUCCUCUUGCAUCAUGAAGAGGUGCUGGAGGAGUAUCCCAAACAAAAACCAGAUUUGGUUUUGAAACACUACUUGCUAAAGCUUACAGUUCUCCCCACCUAUAACCCCCUUGUUACCAUAAUGUGGGGGGAAACGUGUAUGAUUAGGAAGCAAUAAGGGAUGUUUUAACUCCCAGGCUAGUGGGUUUUUUCUUUUAUAUAUAUAUAUAUAUAUAUAAAAAAUGUAUGUGAAAUUGUUUGGCUUUUUGUUUAGUGUCCUUUUAUUUUUCUUCUAAAAAGUGUGGAUUUGGGAUCGCUAGCUCAUUUGGUCACUGCCUCUUCUCACUACAAUGUGGUUACGUUAAGGGGGGGAACUUUUUCCAUCAAAUCAAAGAUUAAUAUACAUUGGCUGUCUCAUUGUUAUGGGAAAGUAUAUUUUACAUUUUUCCAGUAUUUUGAAACAAAGAGACCAUGCAUUUUUGUUCACAAGUGCAAAAACAGAGGGAAAAACCCCUGUAUCUUUGUGCAUGUUUAAAUUUUCAUUGAGGGAUUUUUUUAAAGGGGGGGUAUUGUAGAAGAGAAUGAGAGAUGCAGAUCACUACUCUUGAGAACCUUCCACCUUCCCACUUCAACUCAUCACCAAAUGGGUUUGGGAGGAUAAUUCUGAAAGGUCAUUUUCAAAAGUUAUUCAAAUCUAUUUAGGCCCUUCUGAAUCCUUCCGCUUUUCCACCCAGCACCAAUUAACAGGAAGGCUUUCCAAAUAUCAGGAAGCAAAAAGUAAUACCCCACUCUUUUUUAGUAUUAAAGAAUAACCAGUUUUUCUUUCCUCCCCCUGCUGGUACCAGAUUGAACUUCAUCACAGUUCAAAAACAAAAUAUAGUACUAUAAAAUAAUUUUGUACUGUAUUUAUUGUGUAUAACAAUUUUUUAAAAGAAUUAUGUACAUUUAGUACUUCUGUGUAAAUUAAAUUGCUCUUUUUAAAAAUUGUA